UAGUUGGGGGGAAUUUAAGCAUGAAGCACCAGCAUUCAAGUUUGCCUCCGGAGUUUAGGUUCCACCCUACGGAUGAAGAACUCGUCCUUCAUUACCUAAUGAAGAAACUCAGUUCCUCACCUUUCCCUGUUUCGAUCGUCACCGACGUCGACAUCUACAAAUUCGAUCCCUGGGACUUACCAGACAAGGCUUUUUUGGUGAAAAAGAAUGGUAUUUUUUUCAGCCCUAGGGACCGAAAGUACCCUAAUGGUGUAAGGCCGAACAGGGCAGCUGGAUCUGGGUAUUGGAAAGCAACUGGGACAGAUAAGAUUAUAGUUACAUCUUCAAUGGUAGCUGGAAGGGGUGAAGUGCAUUCGAACAUCGGUGUAAAGAAAGCUUUGGUGUUCUACAAAGGAAGGCCUCCCAAAGGGACGAAAACAAAUUGGAUCAUGCAUGAGUAUCGACUUUCACAGAGCCCUAACAACAACAGUAGACCAUUCAGGCCUAAAGAUUGCUCCAUGAGGUUUGAUGAUUGGGUUCUUUGCCGCAUCUACAAGAAAUCCCAUGCUUUGUCUUCGACAACAUCAACAGCAACGGAAGAAAAUGAUGGAGUUCAAGAGGAAGGUGAAGCAGAACAGUUCAUUCAAGAUGCCCAUUUACCAGCCUUGGAAAGCCCUUCAACCGACAAUAAUAAUACUAUUAGCCUUCGUCCCCAGAAAUCAUGUUCUUUCUCCGAUGCC